AUGAAAUCGGCUCCAUCGUCGUCUUUACUCUUUCUGGUGCCACGUGGCUGCUAUUCUUGUUCCUGUGUCAAGUUUGUUAUAAUGGCCAAGGGCAACAACAACAAGAAAAAGUCUCAGCAACCUCCAUCUCCUACUCCAAUGGGCUCGGAGCCAAGUCCUCCCAGGAUUACAUCAAAUGUCAGGCAGAAUUUACAGCUUUUGAAGUUAUGGAAGGAGUACCAAAAGAGAGAGUCUAGCACACCUAAGCACUCGACCAGUUACCGCAGAAAGAAGGUGCCCAAGGAACAGCUUCCAGAAGACUUAGACCUCUAUCGUGAUCCAACCACCACCCUCUACUAUACAAACCAGGGUUGGGACAUUGCAGUUCCGGUCUUGCUUGUUGAUGGGUAUAACGUAUGCGGUUAUUGGGCGAAGCUGAAGAAACAUUUUAUCAAUGGGAGACUUGAUAUGGCUCGCCAAAAGUUAAUCGAUGAACUUGUAACUUUCAGCUUGCUAAGAGAGGUGAAAGUGGUGGCUGUAUUUGAUGCCAUGAUGUCUGGACUCCCCACACACAAGGAAGAUUUUAAUGGUGUCGAUGUAGUUUACUCAGGUGAAUCUUGUGCUGAUGCGUGGAUUGAGAAAGAGGUUGCAGCCUUAAGGGAGGAUGGAUGCCCUAAAGUUUGGGUUGUGACUUCUGAUCAUAUUCAGCAGCAUGCAGCACAUGGAGCAGGAGCCUUCAUUUGGAGUUGCAAGGCGUUGGUUUCUGAGGUUUUGGAGCUUGGGAAUGGGUUCCAAAUUGCAUUCCCAUGUUUGGUAAGUGCACUCUUGGGAAUGCAAUUAUGGACUCAUGGAUAUGGACUUCCCAUAUUAAAGCAUCACAAAAGGAGUUUGAGAGGAUGCUUCAGGAACACAGAACCUUCCGUCACUUUCACUUGCAUUUGCUCUCUGCCAUGGCACCCCAAACCUUGGCCAGCCUUGCGGAACAAUGUCAUGUGUUCCAAGACAAAGUUUCUGACGAUAUCGUUGGCAUUGAAACCCAACUCUCCAAGCUUAGCGCUGACCACAAAGAAGAGUUGCUGUGCUCUUGAGUUCGUGUACGCCAUCACCAAGAAGUGGCCUUUUGCCAAAUCCACCGGUGGAUAA